CAUGAGCUGCUGUGGCCUGAGCUGCUGUGGCCUGAGCUGCUGCGACAUGAGCUGCUGUGGCCUAAGCUGCUGUGGCCUGAGCUGCUGCGACAUGAGCUGCUGCGGCAUGAGCUGCUGUGGCAUGAGCUGCUGUGGCAUGAGCUGCUGUGUCAUGAGCUGCUGUGGCAUGAGCUGCUGUGGCAUGAGCUGCUGUGUCAUGAGCUGCUGUAGCAUGAGCUGCUGUGGCAUGAGCUGCUGUGUCAUGAGCUGCUGUGGCAUGAGCUGCUGUGUCAUGAGCUGCUGUAGCAUGAGCUGCUGUGGCAUGAGCUGCUGUGGCAUAAGCUGCUGUGUCAUGAGCUGCUGUAGCAUGAGCUGCUGUGGCAUGAGCUGCUGUGCAUGA